AUGGAGUCUGCCAUUUUUCCUCAGAAUCAACCAUCUCCGCCUUCUGCAACUCCUCCUCAAAGGAUUGUCAUCUCUAAAGUUGUUUUAGCACCGGUGCAUGUAGUUCCUGCUAGACAGUCUGUGUCAUCCAUGCCUAUCGGAUUCUCGUGGGGAAUGCCACCGAACUUCAUGCCUGAAGGUUAUGCUCAAACCUUUUCUCAUAUGCCGACAUCUAGCCUGGUCAUGUCUGUUCCUUCUCCUGUGGUAUAUAUUAUGCCACAUGUUGAUGAAACCAUUUAUCAUUAUGAGCCGUUCGAGGGCCCCGAUGUGUAUGAGAAAAUGGAUGAGAUGAAGGACCAAUUUCUAGAGCUGAGGAAAGAAUUGAAGACCCUGAGGGGGAAAGAUCAGUUCGGUAAGAAUGCUGAUGAGUUGUGCUUAGUGCCCAACGUCAAAAUCCCUGUCAAAUUUAAGGUCCCAAACUUUGAUAAGUAUAAGGGAAAUAUCUAUCCUAUGAGUCAUCUUGUAAUGUAUGCUCGCAAGAUGUUUACUCAGAUUGACAAUGAUCAACUACUCAUACACUACUUCUAA